AUGGAGACCGUCAAGAACGCCGCCAACUACGUUGCCGAGACCGUGCAGGGCACUGGUGCUGAGGCCUCCAAGGAGACCAACAAGCACGUCGCAAAGAACGACGAUGCCAAGAUUUCCACUCGUGCCACCGCAGCCAAGGAUGCCCUCGUCGACAAGAAGGACGAGACAGUGCACGACACCAAGGCCGAUGUCCACAAGGAACAGGCUAAGCAGUGA